AUGGCAACAAAACCCCAUCUCAUCGAUACUCUUCCUUCUAGCACCCUCCAAACAUUUAUUGGUGCGUUCCGUCAAGUUGAUUUGACUUCUCCCAAGUCCAUCUACGACACCUAUGUUCAAGUCGGAGGAAAAUUUAAAUGGGAUGAUGCAGUAACACCACUCUCUAGUUUACAAUCUAUUGGACUCACACUAGUUUUAUAUGUAAUCAUUAGUUAUACCAUUAGUUUCAUUCUUGGUACUAAAACUCCAAAGGAAAUGGAAGAGGAACGUAAAAAUCCAACAUUUUUCCAGAAGGUGUUGAAAUGGGUAGCCUUUUUGCAUAAUCUGAACAUGACUGUCAUUUCACUUGUGUGCUUUUUCGGUUUACUUUUUGAAGUUGCUAAAAUUGGUUUAAAGGAUGGUUUUUAUAGUUUGUUGUGUGAUCCAGAACACAAGUACAAUGUUGGAUACAUUCCAUUCUGGACCUACAUGUACUACAUGUCAAAAUAUGUUGAAUUGUUUGAUACUUUCCUUCUUGUUAUUAGAAGAUCUAGACUCAGAUUCAUUCAUACCUAUCAUCACGUCACAACCAUGUCUAUUUGCUAUUAUGGAUUGUACACUGGUGGUACAGGUCAAUGGAUUCCAAUUGCUCUCAACACUUUCGUACACAUCAUCAUGUAUUAUUACUACAUGAAAGUUACAUUGGGCUUUGAUGUUUGGUGGAAGAUGUACUUGACUGAUAUUCAAUUAGUUCAAUUCAUAUUAGAUGCUGCUACUUUUACUGCCUAUUGUUAUGUUGAAAUGUUCUGGGAGAGACCAAGAGGCAAUACUUGUACAGGAAGUUUUUAUGGUUCAUUGACAGGAGAUAUUGUAGUCAUUUCUUUCUUCUUCCUAUUCUUUAAACUGAGACAAGAAAACGCAAGAGCUUUGGCAAAGAAGAAGGCAGCUAAAGAACAAUUGGCAAAGAAGGAAGAAUAG